UGGUUGUCUAUGGACUCUAUGGAUAAAUUUUGUUGUAUCGCCCGCGUCCCUGUUUCUAUAAUAACUCAACGUGAAUUAGAAUUAAAAAAAUUAAAUUGUGAGAUAUUAUCGCAAUGGCGUUAUAAUUUUUAUAUUUUGCCAUAGGAAUUAUAUAGUCGGUUAUAGUUACAACAAUAUCGACUGCUGUUCAAUGAAGUUUUGCAAACAGUGCUUUUGAUGAACUGGUAUUAACAUGUCUGAAAUAGUAUAUCCACCAGGGUGUAGACCUAUAGCUGACGAUUUAGGGUCUGAUGAACUAAUUCGUCGGCUCAAGACAUUAGCGCAUACCCUACAAGCUAUGGGACAAGAUGAAGGAGCUUACCAACAAUAUAUACCAUUAGCCCUACAUUUAGCUCAGGAUUAUUUCUUAUCCCAUCCAUCAAGAGAUGUACAACUUCUUAUAGCAUGUUGUAUAGCAGAUGUUCUGAGGGUCUAUGCCCCAGAAGCACCCUAUAAAGAUCAGGAACAAGUUAAAACCAUAUUUUUAUUUUUGAUCACACAAUUAUCUGGGUUGAAAGAUCCAAAAGAUGCUGCCUUCAAAAGAUAUUUCUACUUACUAGAGAACCUUGCCUACGUUAAAUCAUUCAACAUGUGUUUUGAACUCGAAGAUUGCCAGGAAAUAUUUUGUGCUCUGUUCUUACUUAUGUUCAAAAUUGUCAAUGAUGAACAUUCUGGAAGAGUGAAAAGUUUCAUGCUUGAUGUUCUCUGUCCAUUAAUAACUGAAAGUGAUAUUGUGAGUAAUGAUUUAUUAGAUAUUAUUCUGAUGAAUAUUGUGGAACCAAGCAAAUCUCAACGGAAAAAUUCAUAUUUACUUGCUAAGGAAUUGAUAAUUAAGACUUCUGAUACAUUAGAACCAUAUAUCCAAGCUUUUUUCAACCAUGUACUGAUACUAGGUAAAGAAGAUAAGAAUUUGAAGAUUUGUGAAAAAGUAUAUGAUCUGAUAUAUGAAUUGAAUCAUAUAUGUCCUCAAAUACUGGUAUCUGUUUUACCGCAACUUGAAUGUAAACUACGCUCUCCUUUAGAAGAAGAGAGAUUAGGAGCUGUAGCACUAUUAGCACGUAUGUUUAGUGAAAAAGAUUCAGAACUGGCCAAAAGAUUUGGAGGAUUGUGGAGAGCUUUCUUAGGUCGAUUCAAUGAUAUAUCUCUUGCAAUCAGAAUAAAAUGUGUUCAGUAUUCUAUGCAUUUCCUAGUGAACCAUCCAGAACUACGAAAAGAUAUAACUGACACUUUGAAACUGAGGCAACAUGAUUCAGAAGAGAAUGUUCGUUAUGAAGUGGUGAUGGCAAUUGUGACAACAGCAAAAAAAGACUUUCAGGUUGUAUCCGACUCUGAAGACCUUCUUGAAUUUGUUAAAGAAAGAACUUUAGAUAAAAAAUUUAAAAUACGUAAAGAAGCUAUGUCAGGAUUAGCAUUAAUUUAUAGAAAACAUUUAAGUGAUCCUGAUGUACCAAAUGCAACCAAAAAAGCUGUAACUUGGAUAAAAGAUAAAAUACUUCAUGGUUAUUAUAUGUCUGGUAUGGAAGAUAGGUUGUUGGUAGAAAGACUUUUGAAUACUUGUUUGGUACCUUACCAACUACCUGCAGUAGAAAGAAUGAAAAAAUUAUAUCAUCUUCUUGGGACUGUAGAUGAUCAUGCUAUUAAGGCUUUUAUGGAAUUACAGAAAAAUCAAUUAUGUGUUAGAAAAUUAGUGCUAGAAUGGUUAGAAAUACAUCGUAGACAAAAUUCUAUUGAUGUUUCCAAAGAAAUAGGACUUAAGGUACAAGCUUUGUCAAGGUGCCUUCCAGAACCAGUUAAAGCUCAUGAAUUUCUUACUAAAUUCAGUGCCCAUUUGAAACGAGAUAACAGUUUAUUAGAGCUAAUGGAAAUUGUUGCAAGGCCAACUGUCAGUUGUACUCAAUGUUCUGAAGCAACUGCUGCGGUACUGAAGAAGUUGGGUCAACCUGUAAUGGUCAAUCUUUAUUAUAACACUGUCAAAAUGUUGUUAGAAAGAAUAAGUUCUGUCAUGAUUGACCAUGAAUCAGUCAAGCUUUUGGUGGGCUAUGUAGAAGAUUGCUUGAAAGGAGGGAAUACAAUAGAAGAAAUUGGAUUGCAUCCAGCUACAGCAGGUGACAGAGGACUAAAGUUAUUGGUUAUGUUAUCAGUCGUAUUUCCAUCACAUUUCCAUCAUACUGAUGUAUUGGAACAUCUUUUGGAAUUGCUGAAGAUAGAUGACGAGUUCAUAGCUCCGUUAGUGCUCUCUGUCUUCACAUUUUUAGGCAAAUAUAAAUGUUUAUAUGAUUCUUUUCCGCAUAUUAUGGAUCAGUUGGCUCCAGUAUGUAAAAAUUAUGCCAUUACUGGUACUCCAAAACAAGCCAAAGGAGCAAUUCACUGCAUAUAUAAAAAUAUGCCAAAUUUACAUGAUUCUCUUUUCCCAAACAUACUAGAUGGCAUAAAAAACAAUUUGAAUGCUGAGUCUCCCCACUAUAGGACUGCAAUUGUAACUCUUGGUCAUAUAGCAUUCAAUGUUCCAGAACGUUAUAAAGUACAAAUAAAAAAUAUUGUGUCUAGGAAGAUAGUCAAGGAACUUCUAGUUAAAGAAGUGAAGGAUAUUGAACCAGACACUCGCAUAAAUGACUCAUGGUGUAGUGAGGAUGAAUUACCUGAAGAUACAAGAUGCAAAAUAGAAGGACUAAAAGCUAUGGCAAGGUGGCUCUUGGGCUUGAAACAGGAUAUAGCUUCCGCUCAAAAAACGUUUAGAAUGUUGAAUGCUUUUAUCUUGCAUAAAGGUGACCUUUUACAAUCAGGAAAGAUUUCAAAGGCGGAGAUGUCUUGGCUUAGGCUCACAGCUGGCUGUGCAAUGUUGAAAGUUUGCGAACAAAAAGGAGUAGGGGAUCAAUAUACUGCAGAACAGUUUUAUAAUUUGUCACUUUUGAUGUCUGAUGAAGUGAAACAGGUACGCGAAAUAUUUUCUGGAAAGCUUCAUAAAGGACUUAGCAAAGGUCUGCCAAGCAAGUGUUUACCAUUAGAUUUUAUGGGAUACUAUGCCUUAGCAGGUAAAGAAACAGAAUCCCGCUUGAAAAAUACAAUAAGGGGUUAUAUGACUACGGAUAUCAACAAAAGACGAGAUUACGUCAAAACACUCACCAUGGGCACUCAAACUGAUAAGGCUUUAAACCAGCUUCCUCAUAUUUUACCCGAUUACAUGCUAGUAUUUGCCGUUCCAAUAUUGGCACACGAUCCAGCAUUCACGAAAUGGGAUGAAGUAGAAGAACUGAAAGUUGCUAAGCAAUGUCUUUGGUUCAUUCUUGAACCUCUUGUUACUAAAAGUGAUUAUUUCAGUUAUGGAUUCUAUAAAACGUUGAUCGAGCGAAUGAAAAAUCAUAGAGAUGCUAUUCGGCCCGAAGAUGAUUCACUAAAUUAUAAAAUUUGGGCUCUAUGUGAUCUUGCAAUGGGGUUGCUUGUUUCUAAAACUACAAAUUACGACCUCAAGGAUUUUCCAUCUGAUACCAGAAUACCGAUCAUGUAUUUCUCACCUCAAGCAGACUUUUCCAAUACCAGAGUUUUCUUACCACCUGAACUGCAAUAUCAACCAAAUGUGAAAGCUACAAUAAAUAUAUCAAUGUUGAAUAACGACCGAAAUAAAAGACCAAAAAACAAAAUUAAAUUGGAGGGCUGUGGUCCUUUGGGAAAUGAUGUCCAACAUUCUUUUUCUGAUGGGAUUGAUGCUCAGCCGUCUGAAGCUUCUGAAACAAAAAUUCAACUGCCUGGUUUAGAAGAUGACGAGGACUCUCUUGACGAACCGCCGGCGAAACGGCCAAGAGAAAGAAUGAAAAUUGGAUCCAAUGAAUGAAUUGAAGAAAAUUGUAAAUAGUGCGUGAAAUUUAAUUUUCAAAUGGAGAAGAUAAAUAGUAUCAAUAAAAAUUGGACAAUUACUCAUUGAUUUUUUUCAACUCGGAGAAGUGAGUAUCAUAACAAAAUUGUUCCUAACUCUGUAUCAAAAAUAUUGAGUAUAGAAAUGUUAUUGAAUUUUUUCCCAUUCUCAAAACUGCUUGCUGAGAAAAAAUAUUAAUUCAGGCUGAUUCGAUGUUGAACUUUAAAGGUGAAGAUCAUUUUUUAAAUCAUGAUAGUAUUGGAAAAAGUAAAUUAUUUUUAUACACUUACCUCACAUUCAGGAAAUUGAAGUUUGGGUUUUUCGUGCAUGUUUAUAAAUCAAUGUAAUAUUAAUGCAUGUUUAUUUAUUCAACCAUAAAUACCAAAUUUUUGUUCUUCAUUAACUUGAAUACAAUAAUAGGUUUGUAUGGAUAUUGAACACUGAAUAUAGUUUGAUUGACAAUGAGAAUUUAUCUGCCACAUUUUUAAUGUCUUGCAUAUAUUUGCUCACGUAUUCAUGUAGUUAUAAUAUGAAAAAAUUCAAUGAAUAUAAUUUUCAAUACUAUUUUUGAGAUCAUAUCCCUAUUUAUCAUUUGAGUAAAAAUCAGACACAUGUUUAAAUCACAAAUAAUUUUUUGUGGAAUAGCCAGUACAAAAGAAAACUAGACCAGACUUCAUUCUAAAAUAAACCAAUAAUAAGAUAAUGAAAGACAUGUGCUUUUGAUGUCAAUUUCUUACAUCAGAAGUUUCAAUUUCGAUCAUAUAAUCUUAAAAUGUUUUUGAAAUUAUGUAAAGUAGAUUUGAAGAAUAACUGGCUUUUUCAUCCAGUUUUGCUUUUUUUUACUCUCAAGAUUAUUUAUUUAUUUUAUAUUGUCUCCACCCAAGGGAUUCUGGCUAUUUUUUUUUUAAUAUUUUGCAAAGAUGUAAAAUUUUAUUAUUAUGUAGUUUUGCAAUUUCACUCGGAAUAUCUUUGACUUAUUCAUAAGUUUUCUACUGUAAAAAUUAGUUUAGAAUAAAAUGUUGUCUAUGAA